UGUGCGCUUAUAUAUGUGUCCCCCCCCCCCAACCUGUUCUGUUUGAAAAGCUGUCGAGGCGAAAUGUCGCAGAGGAAAGCGGUCUUGUUCAGCUUCUGGGGAGUCGUGGCCGCUGCCCGGCCUGGCGUCGUGUUCCGCAAGUUUGAAGAGUCGCACCAACUCCCACGUGGAUUCCUGUUUAACGUUGUGUCCCCAGAGAGCAGCGCGGUGAGCGGGGCGGAGAGAGGCGACAUGACGCUCACCCAGAUGAUCCCAGUGUUCGAGGCAGAGUGUGCGAAGGCGGCCCAGGACCAGGGUGUGACUUUACCAGAGGACUGGUCCGUCCGAACCCUGUUGGAGGAGAUCCGAGACAGGACGGACAUCCGCUCAGCUGUCCUGCAGACUGCUGAUGCUCUGCAUCGCAAUGGUUUGUUGACAGCUGUGCUGGCCAAUCAGUGGAUAGAUGACACUGCGGCUGGAGAUGGUUGGGCCCGCCUACUUUCUCUGCUUGGCAGCCAUUUUGAUCUGGUCCAACAGUCCUGUCGCUCAGGUCACAGGGUCCCUGAGGCGGCCAUGUUCACUUCUGCUUUGCAGCGCCUUGGAGUUACCCCACAACAGGCACUAUGGCUGGCUGAGGAUGAGGAGGGCGUUGAGGCUGCCAAGGCGGUAGGGAUGAAGUCCAUCUUGGUGGAAGAUGUUGAUGAUGCACUCAACCAGCUGGCUGACUUCACUGGAGUACAGGCUGUAACAGUGAGCAGCUUUCCACCAUCUUGCAUCCCAGAUGCAAUGCCACAUGGCUAUGUCACCAUCAGGCCAGGGAUGAGGACCCAUUAUGUAGAGAUGGGCUCAGGCCCCCCGGUUCUGUUGUGUCAUGGUUUCCCUGAGAGCUGGUACUCCUGGAGGUACCAGAUUCCAGCCUUGGCAGAAGCAGGUUUUAGGGUCUUGGCAUUGGACAUGAAAGGGUAUGGAGAAUCUACAGCCCCCUCAGAUAUCGAGGAAUACUCACAGGAACAACUCUGCCAGGAUCUGAUCGCCUUCAUGGACAAAAUGAUGAUCCCCCAGGUGACUCUGUGUGGCCAUGACUGGGGUGGUUCUCUGGUCUGGAGCAUGGCACAGUGUUUUCCUGAAAGAGUCAAGGCGGUAGCAUCACUGAACACGCCACUCUUUCCUGUGGACCCUUCUGUCUCACCCAUGAUGAAGCUCAAGGCUAUACCCAUAUUCGACUACCAGAUCUACUUCCAAAAUCCUGGUGUAGCAGAGGCAGAGCUGGAGCAGGACUUGGAGAGAACACUUAAGGUCUUCUUCAGUAGCAGUGAAGAAACAGUGAGUCGUCCUGUCAUCAGGACCACUGGGGUGUGUGCUAGAGGUGGUCUGUUGGUUGGUUUACCAGAAGAAAUCCCCUUGAGCUCCAUUCUGACUGAGGCCAGCCUGCAGUACUACGUCAGCCAGUUCAAAGCUAGUGGGCUCAGGGGACCGCUAAAUUGGUAUCGCAACGUUGAGCGGAACUGGAAAUGGAUGUGCUCUCGUCCCAGGGGGAAGCUGAUGAUGCCAGCGCUGAUGGUGACCACGGGGAAGGACCCCGUGCUGCUGCCUGUCUUCUCCAAGGGAAUGGAAGAAAUGAUCCCAAACCUCACCAGAGGACACAUUGAGGAGUGUGGACACUGGACUCUGAUGGAGAAGCCUGCCGAGGUCAACAAGAUUCUGAUCCGUUGGCUUCAGGACACGCACAACAACAAGGCUGCGGUUCCCAUCAACCCAAAACUGUGAGGCCGAGUGUCUGGUCAGAUUCAUGUCAGCCAUCCGGAACGUUCUGCGUUGAGUUUAGUAAAAAAUAUAUCCCGGAGUCAUUCAAUAGUUUUUAUAUGAACGUCACCAAGGGUUUACCAUCGUUUUUAACAACAUUUUGUUGAAUCGGUGCAGUAUUGAGCCCUUUCUCAUAGUAGGUGACCUUUUUUAUUUCGUUUUCAAUUUGCGGAGCUUCAGUUUUGUGUCGAACUCGUCAUGUGCCUCUCAUCUCGUCACCUGAAAUUUACAAGAAACAAUUUGUUUUAAGACAAGGCAUGACCGCACUAUAUGAAAACCUUACCAUUGGUUUCUACAUUCCCUGUUAUGUUUGUGUAACUACAACAUCAUGUUUGUACCCUUUCCUACUCUGUGUGGAUCAAGUCUAAAUACCCCUGUGUGUAAACCUGCUUGGCUAAAAUGGAAAACUUGCACCAUUAAAACAUGAUGGCAUACCAA